AUGAGUUUCACUGUAUACAAUUCGGAGAGUUAUUAUCAUCUUCAUCUGAUCACAUCCGCCCUUUACAUCGAAAGCAUAGUUUCCAGAGUGUGUAUCGAGCCGAUAUCAAAGCACCCAUAUCAUCCUAAGCAUACUCUCCGGCUUAUUUUUACAGAUCCAAGUAAGAUAUGUCUAUGUUGUUCAAAUUUUAGUGAAUGGGUUUACAAUUGCUUUAGAUGGGAUUUUAGUGUGUGUCGAGAUUGUUCUAGAAAAGAAGCACUCCUUAAAAUAAACCAUCCUAAAAGGCAUGAGCAUACCCUUCUCUACAAUUAUAGGCCAAGCUCAUUGAUGUGUGACAUUUGUGGAUUGAGUGAUCAUAGGUCUUUGAUGUAUUCAUGUGGUCAAUGUGAUUUUGUAGUCCAUAAAGAGUGUCUAAACAUUCCAUGCAUCAUAAGAAUAUCACGUCAUGAACACCGCAUCUUUUUCAAUUCUUCUCUUACUCCUGAAAAAUUGAUAUGCGGAGUGUGUCACCGGAAGAUAGACACAAAUUAUGGAAGAUAUUCUUGCGUAAAGGGUUGCAAUUAUGGUGUUCAUUCUAAAUGUGCAACACGAAAAGAUGUAUGAGAUGGAGAAGAACUUGAGGGAAAACCAGAAGAUCCAUAUGAAGACAUUAGCUCCUUCAUUGAGAUAAGUGAGGGAAUUAUACAACAUUUUAGUCAUCAAGAUCAUCAUAUGAGACUCGAUGAGAAAACCGAUAGAGCUUUUCACGAGAAAAAUUAUUGUCAAGCAUGCACACUUCCCAUAUGUGAUGAUAUUAUUUACAGUUGCAUGCAAUGUGAUUUUAUCUUCCAUAAAGAAUGUGCACAACUUCCUCGGAAGAAACACCAAGUGACCCAUCCUCAUUCCCUUAGUCUACAAGUGGGUCAUCAAGGCUGUGCAUUGUUCGAAUGUAAAGCUUAUCUUCGUUCAAGCAAUGGAUUUGCAUACUUAUGUGAUGAAGAGGAUUGUGAGUAUAUGUUAGACGUACGUUGUGCUUCUAUAGCUGAGCCAUUGGAUCAUCGGUGUCAUCAGCAUCCCUUGUUUCUUAUAUUUGAGCCCCGAUCUAAACAAAUAUAUUCGGUUUGCCACAAAUCUCGAGGUCAUCGUCUAAAUUGUGGAGAAUGUGGGUUUGUUGCAUGUUUUGGAUGUGCCACUUUACCCAAUAAGUUGAGGUACAAGCAUGAUGAACAUGUUCUUCUUUUUUCUUACGAAGAAGAGGUAAAUGGUCAAUACUUCUGCGAAGUUUGUGAAAAAGAAGCAAAUCCGAAGAAUAGAGUUUAUAUGUGCCAUGACUGCAACGUUACACUGCAUAUUAAAUGUUUACUUGGAAAAGACGUAAAUAUUAUGCAUGGUGUAGUAAUCGAGUAUCCUGAAGUGGAUGUUUCUAUUCUUCUCAACGAUCGCCUUAUUCGCAACAUAUGUAAAAGUUGCGAUAAACUUUGUGAACACAAAAUAGUAUACGAAGUAUCUGAUUUUGAGAUAUGUUCUCUCAAGUGUCUGAAUUUUGUUGUACUAUAUUUUACUAUGUUUGCUUGA